GCCUUCUCUGGAAACACAAAUGCGGACAGUGUCGUAUACUAUAAGCUUCAGCAUUCCAUUAAAGCAAGAUUUCUCCGUUUUGUGCCUUUGGACUGGAAUCCGAAUGGCAGAAUUGGAAUGCGCAUUGAAGUGUAUGGAUGCACAUACCGGUCCGAGGUGGUUGGCUUUGAUGGGAAAAGUUGUCUAAUUUACACAUUUAAUCAAAAACUCAUGAGUGCGCUGAAAGAUGUGAUUUCUCUGAAGUUUAAGACAAUGCAAAGUGAUGGAAUUCUCCUCCACAGAGAAGGACAAAAUGGAGACCACAUUACCCUGGAAUUAAUUGAAGGGAAGCUGUCCCUAUUCAUUAAUUUAGGUGAUACUAAAACUCAUCUUUCUAAUGCCCAAAUUAAUAUUACGCUGGGCAGCCUUUUGGAUGAUCAGCAGUGGCAUUCUGUUCUCCUUGAGCACUUUAACAAUCAAGUAAACUUUACAGUGGAUAAACACACUCAUCAUUUUCAUGUAAAAGGAGAAUUCAAUUAUUUGGACCUUGAUUAUGAGCUCAGCUUUGGAGGGAUCCCAGUGCCUGGAAAAUCAGGGACAUUGUCACGCAGGAACUUUCAUGGCUGUUUUGAAAAUAUUUAUUAUAAUGGAGUGAACAUUAUUGACCUGGCCAGGAGGCAUAAAUCUCAGAUCUACUUUGGCAACAUGUCCUUCUCAUGUUUAGAGCCACAGAUGGUUCCUGUUACAUUUCUGAGCUCCAGUAGUUACCUGGCACUGCCAGGCACAUCAGGGCAAGACGAAGUAUUCAUCAGUUUCCAGUUUCGCACCUGGAACAAGGAGGGACUUCUAUUAUCUAGUAAACUACACCAGGCUUCAGGUGGUUUCCUCUUAUAUCUGAGUGAUGGGAAAGUCAAAAUCUGUCUUCAUAAACCAGGAAAAGCACUGAGUGAUAUCACUGCAGGUACUGGAUUAAAUAAUGGCCAAUGGCAUUCUGUAUCCUUCUCUGCCAAAAGGAAUCGUAUCAGUGUAAUAGUGGACAAUGAUGUGACCUCAUCUGCUUAUGCCUCCGUGCCUCUGCAAAUUUAUUCAGGAGAUGCUUUCUACUUUGGAG